GAGGUUACGCUCUGUUCAAAAGUUGUAGCAGAGUUUUACUGUCACCAACUGACAGUUGUUGUUGUUGGUGUGUUUUCUCGAUACGGUGCUGUUUCAAAGGAACAAAAUUUCAUAAAAUUCCCUUCCACGAUGCCGGAAGCACCAGCUCGCAACCCUCUGGAGAGUUUCAUGAACUCCAUUGCCUCUGUCGUCGAUGGCCCUGUGACUUGGUUUAGGGAAUCGGUCGUCGAGCCGAACCGCAAGACCUACCCGUGGUACCACCAGAAGUUCCGCCGUGUUCCGACCAUCGACCAGUGCUACACCGACGAUGCGGUGUGCUUCUUCGAGGCCAACAACCAGUUCAAGCGGGACAAGAUGGUCGACAACGAAAUCUUGAACAUUCUGCGCCAACGCUUUGAGGACUGCGUCCUGUACGAGCAGCCUGACCACGAGCGCAAGUGCCGUCCCCUGCUGGACCAGUACGAGAAGGCCGCGGAAAACUGGUUCAUCAAGUAUGGUGACCUGGGUGGUUACGCCAACGCCAAGACUGCGUACAUGAAGCAGAAGCACCGCAUGGUCUGGGAGAGACGCCACGGACCGGUCGGUUCCGGAAUGAAGCAGGCCGAGGAGGAGCAUUAGUUGGGGGGAAAAUUGAAGAAGCGAAAAAGUGUGUCGUCCUGCACUGCGCUGCGCUGGCUGGUAGUUGAAACAAUUUGGUUAUUUCUUAUGAAAUUGUGUAAAUAUAAGAACAACUGAAAUUGG